AUGAGCACACCUGAUGAUCCCGUCAUUCACAGUCCACCGUCAAUUGGAGCAGCUCCUGGUAUGAACGGAUAUCAUGGAUCCGGAGUAAAACUCGAAGACGGGACUGGUGCUUGUGGCUCGCCGGAUGAUGGAAACAUGGAUUCUAGUGAAGAGAGCCGCCGUCGUCAGAAAACCUGUCGAGUAUGUGGAGAUCAUGCGACGGGCUACAAUUUCAAUGUUAUAACUUGUGAAUCUUGUAAAGCAUUUUUCAGAAGAAAUGCGUUACGUCCUAAGGAGUUCAAAUGUCCCUAUUCAGAAGAUUGUGAAAUAAAUUCUGUCAGUCGGCGGUUUUGCCAAAAAUGCCGGUUGCGGAAAUGUUUUACAGUUGGUAUGAAGAAGGAAUGGAUUUUAAAUGAAGAGCAACUUCGGCGGAGAAAAAACUCGCGUUUGAAUAACAACAGCACCUCAAACAAAAGAGCUCAGCCAGGUCACCAACUGUCACCACAAGCACAAAAUCAACAGCCACAUCAAUCACCAGUACCACAUCCAGGAGUCGCCGUUUAUCAACAACCGCAACGUCCGCUUACUAUUAACCCCAUGGACAAUCAGAUGAUGCAUCAUAUGCAAAACCGACCGAACAUUAUGCCACAGCUCAUCAGUCCACCAGGAGCUCAACCAUAUCCAUUGACUUCUCCAGUUGGAUCCAGUGCUUCCGAUUCUCCACCAAACAGAAGUUUGACAAUGAUGCACAACGGCGAUAAAAGUCCAGACGGCUACGAUCCAAACAUGAUGGCUCACCGAAUCUCGCAAACAUCUCUCAACCCGAGACCAAAGAUGGACAACGGACAGGUUGUACUUUCUACCGAAGAGUACAAACAACUUCUUGCCCGCAUUCCAGGAGCUCAAGUUCCAGGACUCAUGAAUGAAGAGGAGCCAAUCAACAAGCGUGCCGCCUAUAACUGCAAUGGACAUCCAAUGCCGGCUGAUACUACUCCACCAUACAGCGCGCCGAUGAGCGAUAUGAGCUUGUCUCGUAACAAUUCCACCUCAUCGGGCAGCAGUGUGCCAACACAGUCGCACUUUGAUAUCGCUUCGUUUGGAAUGGGAAUCGUCACCGCUACCGGAGGUGGAGAUGCUGCGGAGGAGAUGUAUCGCAAGAUGAACACUUUCUACGAACAUUGCAUUCAAUCGGCUCUGGACAGCCCUGAAAAUCAAGAACCGAAGGCUAUUGAGAACAAGCCAGACUACAUGACUCAAAAUCACAACAACUUCCAACAAUACCAAGCUGAUCCAUACCACGUAGCACCACAACCGGUAGAUCGUAACAUCAACUACCAAUUGAAUGCUGCUGAGCUCAAGGCUUUGGAUGCUGUUCGUGAGGCUUUCUUCGGAAUGGAUGAUCCUAUGGAACAAGGACGUCAAUUGCAAUCGUUCCUCAAGACCAACAAGUCUCCAGCUGACAUUAUGAACAUUAUGGAUGUGACAAUGAGACGUUUUGUCAAAGUUGCCAAGGGGGUCCCAGCCUUCCGUGAAGUUUCCCAAGAAGGAAAGUUCUCACUUCUGAAAGGAGGAAUGAUUGAGAUGCUCACUGUUCGUGGAGUUACCCGCUACGAUCCAUCAACAAACUCUUUCAAAACACCAACCAUCAAGGGACAGAAUGUUUCCGUCAAUGUCGACGAUAUGUUUGCAAAACUCAAUGCUAAUGCGCAGGCGCAAAAGGCGAAAUGUUUAGAGUUCUUCGGUUUCUUCGAUGAGGAAAUCAAGAAGAAUGAACUUGCCGUUUAUCUAGUCAUGUUGGCUGUUCUCUUCUCAGUCCGUGUCGACCCACCAAUGAAUGAAAAUGAUGUUCGAAUUGUUACCGAUCAACACAAUCAUUUCAUGAGUCUUCUCAACAGAUAUUUGGAAUCGUUGUACGGAGAGCAAGCUCGCCGUAUUUUCGAACGUCUUCCAAAGGCUUUGGGAAUGCUCAAUGACAUUGCUCGUAACGCUGGAAUGUUGUUCAUGGGAACCGUCCGUUCUGGAGAAGCCGAGGAGCUUCCAGGAGAAUUCUUCAAAAUCAAGUAG